AUGGCGAAAUUGCCGCAGUAUAACGUCUUUGGGCGAGGUAGAAGUCUCAGAUGGUCAAUUACGAUUGCAUGUCAGUUCGUCCUGUUCGGCUACGAUCAAGGUGUCUUUUCUGGCAUUGUCGGCAAUGAGGACUUUAGAAACACAUUCGGCUACCCUGGAAGUGCGGAAGAAGGCAUAAUCGUCUCCAUCUAUAACUUGGGCGCAUUUUCGGGAUGUAUCGUCAACUUCUUCCUUGGCGAGAAGAUGGGCAGGCGAUUGUGCAUGUGGGUUGCUAUGGGCUUCAUUAUCGUCGGUGCAGUCCUCCAAACCACUUCCUACUCCGUUCCUCAAGUCCUGGUGGCACGCUACAUAACUGGCAUCGGCACUGGAAUUGAGACUUCUACUGUGCCUAUGUAUCAGUCGGAACUUUGCGACGCAGACAAGCGUGGCCGUCUUGUUUCCUCGGAACCACUUUUCGUCGGUGUGGGCAUUGUUAUCGCCUACUUUUUCGAUUACGGCAUGUCCUUUGUCGGAGGUCAAGCAGCCUGGCGGGUUCCAAUUGCUUGCCAGAUCAUCUUUGCCAUAGUGGUCAUCAUUUUGGUGUUUGGCCUACCCGAGAGUCCUAGAUGGCUGUAUGCAAGGAAUAGAAAUGAGGAAGCCCUCCAAGUCAUGUGCGAUGUUUGGGACAGUGGACCCGACGGAGAGAAAGUGCAAAAGAUGCAAAGCGACAUUCUCGGAGCGCUUGAACUGGAGCGAAAGCACGGCGAAUACAAAUGGCGGCAAAUCUUCAAGCGCGAUGAAGUUCAAACGGGACGACGAGUUCUUCUCGCAUAUGGCAUGCAAUUUAUGAAUCAGAUGGGAGGUAUCAAUCUGGUCGUCUACUAUGUUCCCUCUGCCCUCGAAAAUAACGUUGGCCUAACCCGGAACUUGUCCUUGCUCAUCGGAGGCGCGGUCCAAUGCAUGUUCUUCGUGGGAUCCCUCGUACCAACCUUCUUUCUCGACCAAAUGGGAAGACGACGACCAAUGAUGUGGGGAUCUCUCGGCCUUGCAUUAUCCAUGAUGAUGAUCUCAAUCCUGCUCAGUUUCCAAAAGCCGCCGGAGGAGCGAACGGAUCUGUCUGUUAAGACGGCUCAAGCCAGUGUCACAUUCUUCUUCACUUACAUGUUGACAUUUGGCGCCACAGCAAAUUGUAUUCCAUGGGUCUACGUACCCGAGAUACUUGAAAAGUAG